UUGAGGUUAAUGUCAUGUCAACAACGUCAGUCAACAAUGUCAUCAACAAUAUAAAAAUUACCAUUUUCAUUAUAAAACGUCAAUUAUAAGGUGUUUUAUUAUGAAAAACUGAUCAAUUAUUAUUCACAUUUUGUAAAUACUAACAGAGAAUAAUAUUCUUUACAAAAAUGACGUCCACUUUUAUAAUAGACAAUGGAGCUUUUUAUGCAAAAGCCGGCUUGUCAACAGAGAAACCGAAAUUAAUACCGAACUGUAUAAUGAAGGCAAAAAGUGAAAGACGCAGACCAUUUGUAGGAAAUCAAAUAGACGAAUGUCGCGAUGCUUCGGGAUUAUUUUACAUUCUUCCAUUCCAAAAGGGCUAUCUCAUAAAUUGGGAUGUGCAAAAGACCGUCUGGGACUAUAUUAUCUCAAAAGAAUGCUGUCCAGUUAAUUUAAAUCAAACAUCUGUAAUAUUCACCGAACCACCAUUCAAUUUUCCCUCAAAUCAAGAAGCACUCGAGGAAAUAUUCUUCGAGGAAUUCGACUGUCACAGCCUCCUCAGAAUUAAUGCCGUCAGUUUAUCGUGUUACAAUUACAAGCAAAAAUAUCCCAAUUCAAAAUGUUGCAUUGUCGUCGAUUGUGGUUAUAGUUUCACUCACAUUGUUCCCUAUGUGAACGAUACAAAAAUGAAGGAGGGCAUUCGCCGAAUUGACGUUGGUGGUAAAUUAUUGACAAAUCAUUUAAAGGAAAUUUUGUCCUAUCGUCAAUUGCACGUGAUGGACGAGACGUAUGUUAUUAAUCAGGUGAAGGAGGAUUCGUGUUUUGUGUCACAGGAUUUUUAUGAUGAUAUGGAGACGGCGAAAAUGAAGGGAAACACGAUAGUGAAGGAUUAUGUUUUGCCGGAUUUCACAUCAUUGAGGAGGGGAUUUCUUCAGGAUCCUAACGUUGAUAGUGAACAGCAAACAUUACGUUUGGGUAAUGAACGAUUCUCGAUACCUGAAAUUCUCUUUCAUCCAUCGGAUGUUGGCAUUCGACAAAUGGGAAUACCAGAAGCGAUUAUUGAUUGUUUAAAGGCAUGUGAAGAGGAGGCUUGGCCGCAUUUAUUGUCAAAUAUUAUUCUCACUGGUGGCAGUGCGAAAUUCCCUGGUUUUCAAGAUAGAAUUUUCAAGGAAGUGAGAAGUCUCGCGCCUAUUGAAUAUCCGGUUAAUGUCAUGUUAGCCGAAGAUCCAAUCACGUACGCCUGGGAAGGAGGGAAAUUGCUGAGUAAGGAUCCGACGUUCUCCAGUUUUUUGGUAACUCGAGAGGAAUACGAGGAGGAGGGUCACAAUAUUUGCUUCGAACGUUUUGAUACAUAGUAUUUGUAUUUUUACCUUUUAUACCAAAAGAAAUACAUCGACAAUAUAAAAUGGAAGAAACAAA